AUGCAUCAUGACCAGCAGCCGCAGGGCCCUCUCACAGCACAUCUCGUCUCGCGCCUCGAGAGCACAGAGGCCCUGCUCGCCGAGGAGAGAGCUUCCAACCAAGCCCUGAGCGACGAGCUUCUGAGGCUACGCGCCGGCGGCGCAACAGCAGCUGGCGGUGGAGGAUCUUCCGAUGGCUACGACAAAGACUAUGACAGCCCACGUCCACGGCCCAACAGCAGCGCAGGAACCCCAGUAGAGGGUGGUACUGAGAGGGCGAGGAGACAGGGCCGGGCCGAGGAGGAGAGGCCGCGCCCGCCGUGGCAGAACGUCCUGUACAAGCGGCAGCCGUACGCAGACAACCACGUGCCGGGUUCUUUCUUGGAGAAGCUCGUCACCAACGCCUACGUACGACAGCCGGACUUGCGGCUUUACGUGAUAAACACCUUCGCCGUCACGCAGCAGAUCUCGGCGGUGACGCUCUUCCUCGUCGUGUUCAUGCGCACGCAAGACGGCCUCAUCUCUGUGGGGACCAUGGUGAUGGUCGAUCUCUUGCUGCUCUUUGGCGGUUACGCGACGGUUUUCCUCGUGUCUCCGAAACGGAACAACGCCGGCAUCAGUGGCGUCAAUGGUGCUGCCCCCGGUUCUUUGGCGCGGUUGAAGGGUCGGAUCAAACACGAGGGCGAUGAUCCCUACGGCCGCGGCGGCGGCAGCGGUGGUAGCGGCGGCGGGGGUGUUCCACUCGGCAACGACGAAGGCGCUUCGCCCCGGACGGCGGCCGGCCUCGCCGACGGGAAUGGCUUGGACGACCUUUCGCUGUCCUCCGUGUCUUCCACCUUGGCUUCGUUCUUCCUGUUCCUCGCGAUCCUGAGGAUCAUGGCACCGGUGCUGCGAACACUGACGGUUUCGUACUCGGACGACACGAUCUACGCCCUGGCGGUCACUCUCAGCUUUCUACACCUGGCGUUCCACGACUACUCUUACGCUAACACGUCCAGUUCGGGACAUUUUCAGGGCACGUUGAGCUUGAACGCGGCUAUUUUUGCGGCGGUGCUUCUGGCCUCCCGGCUGGAGAGCAACGAAAAGGUGUUCGGCCUGGUGCUGUUCGCUCUCGAACUGUUCGCGUUCUUCCCUCUAGCGAGGCGAGAAGUGAAACGGCAUAGCCUGCUCCUGCAUGCGUCGGUCACAUCCGCCAUGGUGCUGCCCACGGGCCUCCUGCUUUACCUGCGGCACCCCACCCUCUUCACGGCCUACCUGGGUACCGUCGUCCUUGUCACGGUCGCGUGCCCCCUCUGGUUGCUGAGGGUGCAGCGGUACAAGCUGAGAAUAGAGGGGCCGUGGGACAUUGCGCACGUCGAGGCGCAUCCGUGAGAGGGGGGGGGGGUUAGGGUAGCGAUGUGUGGGUGUAUUUAUUUAGUUAGCUCGACCGCCGUUACCGGCUGGCCGAUGACAUCAUGUCAGUCUUGUGGCGAGACGAAACACGUUUUUGUGUGCGUGAGAGAUGCACGCAGAUUGAUGCAGAGUCAGGGACUGCAACCUCUGCGAGUUCUUUUCCAUGUUUCGGACAGGAGUUCUUUUUAAGUCAAAGGCAAGGCCGUAGGGUGAGCAGGCAGGCGAAGGGUGGUGCACGGGGUUUCGAAAACAGUGGUGCAGAGUUCUCUGGUGCUUGCACUCGGAUUCUGCUUCGAUGCCAUUUCAUUCUCGAACGAGAUACAAUCCGUUUGUUGGUUACUCGUCCCAGCGUUGGUUAUUCCUGGCGGUAGGGUAUCAUCGAACGUGCGAUAUUCCGGAAAAAUAAGAGAAGAAUGUUCUCCGAGAAUGGUACGCAAGUAGCAAACGGUCGUGUGUUCGCACCUGGGCUCGUGUGCACAUCUCCGCGUUCACGUUCUGCUGUGCACGGAUGUCCCACCAAGUUGUGUAGUCCGGUAGUCCUUCAAGGCUCGGUCGUUCUCGUUCUCGCGAACGCUAAUGACCCUAGGCAUUCGGUUGAAAGUUGAUUUAGUCGGUGGAUCGGAUAACGACCCCCCAGUCUUUCGUCCGCUUGUGUGAUUGGGUUGCAAAGGUCUUGCGGUUAGGGUUUGGGUUGGGUA